AUGUUCCGUAUCGAGGGCCUCCCGCCGAAGCUGGACCCCGAGGAGAUGAAGCGGAAGAUGCGCGAGGAUGUGAUCUCCUCCAUCCGGAACUUCCUCAUCUAUGUAGCCCUGCUGCGAGUCACUCCUUUUAUCUUAAAGAAAUUGGACAGUAUAUAA